AUGGAGUGGAAGAAAGUGGUCCUCCUGCUGCUUUAUCUUCUGCAGUCAGGUCAAGGAGACCCCUUGGAUGGUUAUGUGAACACUAAAGGGGCUUCACUGUUUAGUGUCACAAAGAAACAGCUAGAAGCAGGAAGCAUAGAAGAAUGUGCAACAAAAUGUGAAGCGGAAACAGAGUUCAUCUGCAGGGCAUUCGAGUAUCACAGUAAGGAGCCCCAGUGUGUGAUAAUGGCUGAGAACAGCAAGUCGUCCAUCGUCUUCAGGAUAAGGGAUGUCGUUUUGUUUGAAAAGAGGAUCUAUCUUUCAGAGUGCAGGGUCGGCAACGGAAGGCACUACCGGGGCACGAUGGCCAAGACCAGGACAGGGCUUGACUGCCAGAGGUGGAGCGACACCACUCCUCACAAGCCUAACUAUUACCCUGAGAAAUACCCUUUGGAGGGUCUGGAGGAGAACUACUGCCGGAACCCAGACGACAGCGAGAGUGGACCGUGGUGCUACACCACUGACCCCAAAACCAGAUACGAUUACUGCAACAUUCCUGAGUGUGAAGAAGAAUGCAUGCAUUGUAAUGGAGUGAACUACCAGGGCAAAAUUGCCAAGACCAUGUCUGGACUUGACUGCCAGGCCUGGGACUCCCAGAGCCCACAUGUUCAUGGAUACAUUCCCUCCAAGUUUCCCAGAAAGAACCUGAAGAUGAAUUACUGCCGGAACCCUGACGGGGAGCCCCGCCCCUGGUGCUUCACCACAGACCCAAACAAGCGCUGGGAGUUCUGCGACAUCCCCCGCUGCACAACACCCCCACCCUCAUCUGGUCCAACAUAUCAGUGUCUGAAGGGAAGAGGUGAAAGUUACCGAGGGAACGUGGCCGUGACCGUGUCUGGGUACACGUGUCAACACUGGAGUGCACAGACCCCUCACCGACACAACAAGACCCCCGAAAACUUCCCCUGCAAAAAUCUAGAAGAAAACUACUGUCGCAAUCCUGAUGGAAAAACUGGUCCUUGGUGCUACACAACCAACAGUGAGAAGAGGUGGGAAUUCUGCACGAUACCGUCCUGUGAUUCAUCCACAUCAUCUGUGGAAUCAACGAUGGACUCCUGUGUUUUUCUUCCAGCACCACCUGAGCAAACACCUGUGGUCCAGGAAUGCUUUCAGGGCAACGGACAGAGUUACCGAGGGACCUCGUCUACCACUAUUUCAGGGAAAAAGUGUCAAUCUUGGUCAUCCAUGACACCACACCGGCAUAAUAUGACACCGACCAGAUUCCCAGACGCAGACUUGAUCCUGAACUAUUGCCGGAAUCCCGAUGCUGAUGGACGACCUUGGUGUUACACCACGGACCCGAGCGUCCGCUGGGAGUAUUGUAAUCUGAAGAAAUGCCCAGACACAGAAGGAGGGAGCACUGCAAACCCACCAGCUGUGUCCAGCACAGAGUCUUCUGAGCCAGAUAGUGAAGAUUGCAUGCUUGGAGUCGGCAAAGGCUAUCGGGGUAAGAAGGCGACCACUGCCAGCGGCGUCCCGUGUCAGGAGUGGGCGGCCCAGGAGCCCCACAAGCACAGCAUUUUCACUCCAGAGACAAAUCCAAGGGCGGGUCUGGAGAAAAAUUACUGCCGCAACCCAGACGGAGAUGUGAAUGGUCCUUGGUGCUACACGAUGAACCCGAGGAAGCUUUUUGACUACUGUGACAUUCCUCAGUGUGAAUCCGCUUCAUAUGAUUGUGGGAAGCCCAAGGUGGAGCCAAAGAAGUGUCCCGGCAGAGUUGUAGGUGGGUGUGUGGCCAAUCCGCAUUCCUGGCCUUGGCAAGUCAGUCUCCGGACACGGUUUGGCAUGCACUUCUGCGGAGGCACCUUACUAUCACCGGAUUGGGUGCUGACUGCCGCCCACUGCCUGGAGAAGUCCAGCAGGCCAUCGUUCUACAAGGUUGUCCUGGGUGCACACAGAGAAGUGAAUCUUGAACCAGAUGUGCAACAAAUAGAAGUUUCCGCGCUGUUCCUGGAGCCCUCACGUGCAGAUAUUGCCUUACUGAAGCUAAAGAGCUCUGCCAUCAUCACUGACAAAGUCAUCCCCGCGUGCCUGCCACCCUCAAAUUACGUGGUUGCUGACCGGACAGAAUGCUACAUCACAGGUUGGGGUGAGACGCAAGGCACCUCUGGGGCUGGUUUACUCAAGGAAGCUCAGCUCCCUGUGAUCGAGAACAAAGUGUGCAAUCGUUACGAGUACCUGAACGGAAGAGUUAGGUCAACCGAGCUCUGCGCUGGGCUUUUGAUUGGAGGUGCAGAUAGCUGCCAGGGCGACAGUGGGGGACCUCUGGUUUGCUUCGAGAAAGACAAAUAUGUUUUACAAGGAGUGACUUCCUGGGGUCUUGGCUGCGCACGGCCCAACAAGCCUGGUGUUUAUGUACGUGUUUCAAGAUUUGUGUCUUGGAUCGAGGAUAUAAUGAAGAAAAAUUAA